CUCUUACCCCACUUGCUCUAAGCUCCCAGUGUGGUGCAAGCAAGCACAAGAGGAGCUUGAGAUUCAACAGGCAGCCGAGAAAGUUAACUGUUUCUGUGCAACUCCCGCAAACUCUGUCUGCGGCUCGGGGGAAAAGGUCCUGUGAAGAAUGGGAUCUUUUCGUUACGUUCUUCUCAGAAAAGCAAAGCGACCCUCAUGUGGAUGUACCUGAACUAAUAUGAGUGAUUGAGGUUUCGAACAAGGAGUUCAGUCUCUCUCUCUCUCUCUCUCGUUCUCUACACUGAAGAUUCUCAGGAGACAAUGAAGAAGACUUGAAACAUGAUCAAACUUUCUGUUGGUUAGGAAGAGACACCACUGCCAAGAUGAACCCACAGUCUCUGGACUCAUCCAUCCAGAGUGCCCUGUCAGCCCUCUUCCCUCCCUUCGAGGCCACCGCGCCCAUCGUCCUCAGCCAGCUCUUCCGCACCAUCGAGGAGCGUUACCACGGCGACGCCUUGCAGUGCCUGCUGGACUUCCUGAUCCCUUCCAAGCACAUCCUUGAGAGCGUGCAACAGGCGGCAUGUGCUGCCUACUCGGAUGUAAUUUUCUGCCAUGAGGGUUGGCCACUGUGUCUGCAUGACCAAACGGUGAUCCACCUCGCUCCCCUGAACCCUCUGCUCCUGCGGCCGUCAGACUUCUACCUCCAGGUGGAGCCCUUUGGGGAACAAGCGGCGAGAAUCGUCCUCAAAAGCCUCCUCGCUGAAGGGUGUCGCGAGGUGGAGGAGACCCCCUUACUGGAGACCUCCUACCCCUGCAUUUUCACGGAGGAUUGGCUGCGGGACAUCAAUGAGGGGCGCCACGGCACACCUCUGACGCGCUGCUUGCUCUCCACAGACCAGGGGGUGAUAAAGUUGCCCUGGGCAAAAGUUGCCAUUCCGGAGUUCAUAGAAAAGCCUAAGCCCACGGUGCCAAGCUUGUUACCGCUCGCUCGGGACACACCUCCGGAGCCCAGGAGGCUUUUGACUCCAUCCCAUUAUAACUCGUCCACCUUGCCAAUGGAGAGCUUGCUUCUACCGAGGAGGGACAGGAUGAGAGCGUCUCUGAGAAUUCCAGAAGACUCCUCCAAACUGGUCAAGGUGCACAAUGACAGGCCCACUCCCAAAACCUGCCCCAAACCCUCACCCAAGCCCAUUGGUUGGGUUUCACCCAAUACCUGGGACUGCCAGAACUAUCGGGAGAUCGAGGGCGACUACGUUGACCUUGUUGAUCUGGUCAAGGACAAAGAGGCUUUGGCUAAACUCGACAACCACCCAAACCCCCCCGGUUCCAUCUCAUUCAAACCCGUUCGGCCGCCUCCGCCGGUACCGGUCGCCAACGGCAGCGGCGUUGGUGGACGCAGCCUUCGGUACGGCGAAGGGGCCUUUCCACCUUGUAGCCAGAAGAGGUUGAGCUACGAGAUGUCCGAACAGGAGAUGAAAUGUAGGUACAGGGAUUCUUACACGGCGGCACUGAAGAACCCUGUGGCGUUUGAGAGAGGGAGCGCAGACCUGCUCGCCGCUCUGAAGGAGUUUGGCUUUCAGAGCCCGGAAGACUUUGGACCCAAUGGUAGAUUUGUCACUCACGGAGAUCCUCCCAGACACUCGUUGAACUGCUGUAAAGACUAUGAGCCAAAUAAGGAGCCCCAGCGACGGAAGGCAAGUUGUCGAAUGCCUGAAAGCGUUGAGUCCCAUGCUAAAGAACCCAGCGGACAUUUAGUAGCAGAAACUCUGACCAAAGAAUUACAAUUGGAUGAAAAAUUUGCCUCAGGUGGAAUUCCUCGCCAGAAAGUUCAAACAGACAUUCUUAUCCCCCAUCAAAAAGGCCAUGGAUCUAAAGGUCAAACGAAGGCCAACGACUCUCCUGUGGAAAAAUGUGAGGAUAACAUCAUCCCUCAUCACAAAGCAGAGGUGCUGAAACCACCAGUGAAAUUCAAAGCCAAACUAAGGUCUCUCUCCACGGUGUCCGAGUCACCCAAAGGGAGUCCCAUUCUCUACAAGCUCAACAACAGGAGUCACAGUGACAUUUGCCCUGAAAUGAUUCCUAGCAUCAUUCAUUACAAGCAGAACGCAGGCUUUAGUCUGGCAACUCAAAAAGAGGAAGUACGUCAUUCGCCCAAAAAGGACCUCCAGUCAAACAACAACACAGACGGAUCAUAUUUAAAGCUCCACGACGUCAAGACAGACAAGCCUCUGCCGUCCCCUAGAGAACCACAGCCGUCCGUCUGUCCUGCUGUCCCCUCUGCUCCUCAGAGCCAGGAGGCCACUCUGAGAAGCAUUGUGGGGCUCCUUCAACUUGGCACCAUAUGUUUGCCAGGAGGGCGGGACAAGACGGGUCGCGCGGUACUAGAAGUGCACGGGGAGAGGGCCAUGUGGACGGCACCUCUGGCCUCAGCCCCGCACCUCUGCAGGCUGAUUCUCUACAUGAGCCUCAUACCAAGGAAAGAAGUCCGAGAUUUGGGCAUGACACUUGUGAUCGACGCCAGGAAGAGGCCUCCUCCCCCGCUCCUCUACAAAGCCCUGUUGAUGGCCCAGGAGCAAGCUCUCCACGCGGUCCAUAGUAUUCUGAUACUAGUGGACAAAGACACCGUCCCCCGCCCUGAGAGACAGCCCGGAUUACAGAUGGAUGUGGUGACCUCUUUAAAAGCACUCAACAAGAUAGUGGAGGCUUCCCAGCUGACCUCUGACCUGGGCGGGACCUUUGCCUACAGCCAUACCGAUUGGCUACAGCUCCACCAGAGGCUGGUGUCCUUCACGACUGACCUGCAAGGGGCUGACAGUUUGCUUCAAAAGGCCAUCAAGAAAGUUGAUGAAACCAAAUCUAUGGACACCGCACAGGAGGUGCAACAAUGCAUACAGGAACAGAGAACCUCAAUGAAGGAAGUGCUGGAAAACAGCCGGCUGGUCUCUCUGCAGAGAGAAGGAGGAGCCAUCCUUGCCCGAUUCAGGAGAGAAGACCUCCGCUUCCAGCAGUCAGAGGACAGCAGAGAUGCGGUGGAGGCCGUCACCAGCCUGUACAACCAGUUGGAGGAGAAGCUCCAUACUCUGGUGAUGCGCUCCAAUGAGUCGCUUCAGCACCUGCAGCAUCUCUUCAGGCUACGGGAGGUGGAGGGCCACAUCAACGCGGCUGGGAUAUGGUUCAAUAGGGAAGGGGAACAGACGUUGAAGGACAACUCAACACUAGACACCCUGAAGGACUCUGAGACGGCCCUGCAGCACCUCGACGCCUUCCUCACACAGGCCAUGGAGAAGAAGCAGGCAGCGAUGGCUCUCAUGCUGGAGGCGCAGAACAUUGUGGACACCAGCCCCCCCAGCCCGGCCACAGACGUGUUUCGGACCGUGGUCAGCACUUUCAAAUCCAACAUGGACGACCUUCUACAUCGGGCGGAGCCAAAGCGGAAGGAGCUUGACGUCCUCACGCAACUGCACCGCUUCUGUGAACAGGUGGGUGGACAACACGGACUAUCCUCCCCGCACUUCCAGGCUGUGAAAACACAGGCCCUAGGCCUCGGCCCCAGGGCCUCCGGGGUGCUCAGGGCGUGGAAUGCUGCCUGGGUCCAAUGCCAGAAAGUCAGGCAGCGUCUGGGGGAGAGUGGGAAGAUGAAGUGUGUCCCUGACAACCAGAACCAGGCGGUUCCAGCCGCCGCCUCCCAAGGGGAGCUGGGGGUGCAGGAGAGGAAGGAGGAGGAGAGGAAGGGUGAAGACGAGGAGGCAGAGGACGUGGAGAAGAGGAGAAAAUCGGGGGAGGCUGGAGGCCUUCUGACCCGGGGGUCACCAGCCUCUUCUACAGAGGUCAAUAACGCAGACGGGGACCAGGGGAGGAAGAAGAAGAAGAAGAGCUGCGAGGGAGAGCGUGGAGGAAAGGCGUGCGCCGCCCAGUGGCCUGGCCCCCAGUCGACCCCUGAUCUCUGCCCGGGGCUCCCGGGCGCGGUGAUGAAGGAUGAGGUCGUGACGGGUGCUGUGAGUCGUCUGAGCGGGGCGUCGCCAGGGUGUCACGUAGCAAACAGACGGAGGCAGAAGGAGCACCACAGUGACAUGGAUCUGAGGAGGGUUGACUCCUUCGGUCAGGGGGAAGAGUCGCCCAGUCACCAGGGGCUGGGGCGGUCUCUAAGCGAGGGCUCGUGCGUGAACCCCAGUCUGACAUCUUUCCCCAGCCCCCCCUCCCCGUUUGAUGCCGGGAUCAACGUCCAAAUGAGGAGACAGACUCUGGGACCCAGCGUGCUGCCGGUGCACACUUCCACAUCUAUUUCUUCUCAUCAUAGUUUCUGUUUAGGGGACUUGCGUGUUGAGUCAGAUAGUGAGGGUAAAGGAGGAAGGGGCUGUUCUCCACCUAAGAUAGACCCCAUGGUCGCGCCUCGAAACCCGCUGGAACCAAGUGGCCGGACGGAAUCCCUGACUGGCCCCACCGCAGAGCAAAUGACCAACAAACUUUUGAAGCUGCGGAAGAUCCUGGAGGAGCUGCUGUGCACCGAGAGGGAGUAUGUGCGGGCGCUGGGCUACGUGGGGGAGCACUACUUCCCCGAGCUGGAGCGGGCCGACGUGCCCCAGGACCUACGGGGCCAGAGGGGGGUCAUCUUCGGCAACCUGGAGAAGCUGCACGACUUCCACCGCCACCCCUUCCUCAAGGAGCUGGAGGGCUGCGCCGAGGACCCCCUGCGUGUGGGCCGCUGCUUCUUGCGACACAGAGAGAACUUUGCUUUGUAUGCGCUGUACAGCAAGAACAAACCCCGUUCUGACGCUCUGCUGGUCCACCGUGGACAGGACUUCUUCAAGCAAAAGCAGCUGGAGCUGGGGGACAAGAUGGACCUGUGGUCGUACCUGCUGAAGCCCGUGCAGAGGAUCAGCAAGUACAGCCUGCUGCUGCACGAUGUGGCCCUGGAGUGUGGCCCGGGACACGCCCGUGAGAAGGCGGAACUCUCCGCCGCCCUGGAGGUCAUCCACUUCCAGCUUCGCCAUGGCAACGACCUGCUGGCCAUGGACGAUAUCCACAGCUGUGAUGUGAACUUGAAGGAACAGGGGCAGCUGAUUCGGCAGGAUGAGUUCCUGGUGACUUUCCGGAAGAAGACAUGUUUCCGGCAUGUUUUUCUCUUCCGGGACCUCCUCCUCUUUAGCAAGACGAAGAAAACGGGUGUGGGGAACGAUGUGUACAUCUACAAGCAGUCCUUUAAGACGUCAGACCUUGGCAUGACCCAUAACAGCGGCUGCAGCGGCCUGUGUUUCGAGAUCUGGUUCCGACGGAGGAAGAGCCAGGACACCUACACCCUCCAGGCCACCUGCAGGGAGGUGAAGGAGGCCUGGACCAAGGACCUCACACGCAUCCUCUGGGAACAGGCGCUACAUAACAGAGAGUUGCGUAUGCAGGAGAGCGUGUUCAUGGGCAUUGGAAACAAGCGUUUUAUGGACAUCCAGCCCAGCGAUGCAGCCAUCAAAGACAGAGCCAUCAAUUAUGUACGGAUGGGAAGAGAAAUCAAGGAGGUAGCUUCUGCUAGCCAAUCUGGUUCAUGUGACGGAUUACCUUUUGUGCGGCCAGAAUCUUUUGGCUCAGAGAGAAGUCUGUGUUCCUCCUCCUCCUCCUCGAUCGGCUCCCUCUCCCCAGCGGGUUACCUCGGUGGCUCGAAGCAGAGCAGGCUGGAAGGGCCUUCUGGAGCCCUGAAAGAGGGUGACCUGGAUCACAACAUGGACAGCUCAGAGUCGUCAGGGGACAGUGUGAGUGUUCUGAGCCAAACAACUCACAGGCUUUCUGCUGGGGGGCGGGAGCCGCAGGACACCAGGGUGAAGCAGGUGACCCUCGAGGAAGAAAGCGUGGCCGCGCCAGACGUCCCCUCACCAAACAUCCCCUCUGGAGUCCCAGAGAAAACACACGCAUUACCAUCCCCACCAUCACCACCAAAACCACCGCUGGUGGCCCCUAAGCCCCAAACACUGUACCAGCCCAACCAUCUAGCCUGUGGCAAGGUGCAGAGUGCUGUUGUGGGGAAGUCCACUGAGGUUUGAACUGGGAGACACAAGAUGUUACAGAUAUCCCUGGAGGAGCCAAUAGAAAGCCUUAUUGACAUUGUUGUAACUAUUGUAGCAAACAUUGUGUCUAAUACAGCCUCUCACUUUAAGCCAUUACCACUUCAGCCACCUCACCACUAAUACGGAGGAUUCAAAAUGCCUACAUGUACUGUAUUAUGAUAAUAUAAUUAUUGUCUAACCUAUGAGAGACGGAAUAUAAGUUGCGUCAUUGUUUGCUUUUUUUCUACAUUUAUAACAUGGCUUCAUGAAGUGCAGUUCAAAGAUGUCGCAUCACCUAUACAAUGAAUGUGAAAUACUUACAUAACAUGUAUUUUUACAGUACAUUUUUACAAUUUUAGUUGUAACCGUUUUUGCUGCAGUUAUGGCACAUGGUUUUGCCAAAUGCUUUAUGUAUAUGUGUGGAGAAAAUGUGCUUCAAUCGUUGGAAUUUACAAAUAUAAGUGUGUACGAGUUGAGUACACACAGCAGCCCUGGUAUAUAAAUGUAUAUAUAUGCAGCUCCCGACAAUCACUAAAGAUAACAUGUGACACACACGGCCAAACUAUUUCUUGGCGAAUAGAAGAGUCAAAAUGUGACAGAGAAAAAUACAAAUUCCAGUGUUGAUAGCCUUAAAUGAUCUUCUCCUCAUCUGAAUAUUUGGUGGUUCCCUGCAGAUGCUAAAAUACUCAAUAAAUGCCCUGGUUUCUGUUUAGCCAUAUUUGUACGUCAAUCAGGCAAAAGAAUGUUUCAAGUAUUUAUGAUUGUUAUAUAUUUUUGUAAGAAUAAAAAAAAAUGUUGAAUGCAAUUCGUACAAUCACCAAAUAAUGGCCACAAUGAGAGUCUUAAUAAAGUCAAGUAAUAAAAUACAUACUUCUGCAAUCCUAAAGUGUAGGCUACUUAAUAAUGGUGUGGAGCUGUUUGAAGUAUAAUGAAUGUCACAGCAAAUUGUUGUAUUACAAAUGUUCAUCUGCAUACAAGGUUAUACAAAGAAUGCAGUUUAAAGUUAUAAACUAUAAGCCUAUGGAAUCGAUGACUAACUUUUUGUUUAACUAAUAUGACAUUAAUAUGAAAAACUCCAACAAACUGACCAACAUACCAUUGUAGGCCCAUUGUCUGAAAUGCAGCAUUUAUUCUUACUUUUAUAACUUUUUUUUCACAAUAAAGUUAAACAUGAGUUUUUUCUCAACUCUA